UUCUGAGAGCAGGCCGAAAUUCAUGAAAGAAGGAACUGUGUUUUUGGCUGUAGUUCACAGUGAGCAAAGGCUCUGGAAAUCGCUACAUCACUGCAGGAUCCCUGGGCAAUUAUGGAGAAUUCUGCCGCUUCUGAGCUUCGCGGAACUACAUUGCCCAGAAGAGCCUGCGGGAGGUUUAAGCAACGACGGACCAGACAGAAAGCAUUUCCUUGUCACCGGCUUGGGGCGGGACUUCCGGGUCUCUCUCCUGGCGGCCAUAUUGCAGCCGUGUGUGGAGUCGCGGUUUUGAGUCGUGGUGUGUCGCUUUUGAGGUGAAAAAUCCGAGAGAACGAAGGAGUCGUGGUCCUUGUCACACAGACUCAAGCUUGAAGCUUACAGAGGACACCAGGGCGGUCGGUGAGAAGGCCGUCUCCUCGAACGCAGAUCCCUCCCCUCAGCCCGGAGUUAAUGGCUGCGGGCAGCGUGAAGCGCGCAGCUGAGGCCAGCGUGACCUUUGAGGAUGUUGCUGUGCACUUCUCUUGGGAGGAAUGGAGGCUGCUUGAUGAGGCUCAGAGACGCCUGUACCUCCAUGUGAUGCUGGAGAACUUUUCACUUAUUUCCUCUCUGGGUUGCUGUUGUGGAAGAAAAGAUGUGGAGACACCCAUUAACCAGAAUGUUUCUAUACAAGUAUCACAAACCAAGAAUCCCAAGACAGCUUCAUCUUCCCAGAAGACUCACCCAUGUGCGAGUUGUGGGCCCGUCUUGAGAGACAUUUUCAACUUGGUAGAGCAGCAGGGUGCACGACACAGCCUGGCACUGCUGAGGUGUGGGGCAUGUGCAAAACCAUUUCAUUUCAGUGCAAAGUGUCACCAGUACCAGGAGCAGCAUGUGGGACAGACACCCUUCAGAAGUAGUGUGAGCAGGGCCUCAUUUGUGAAGAGCUGCGGAAUCCACGUGUCAGGGAAGCCCUUUACCUGUGUCAAGGUUGAGAAGGACUUCCUGGCUAGCUUGGGUACUCAUCAGCAGGGCACCCAUAAAGUGAAGGAGCCAAACAAAGGCACCCAGUUGGAAGCAGCAUUACAAAGCACAAAAAGUCUUUACACUUUGGAAGAAGGCAGGAAAGCUUUCAACCCCCAAUACAUACUGAUGGACCAAGCAGUUCAUACUGGAAGACAGUGUUUUGUGUGCAAUGAAUGUGGAAAAACAUUCAGGUCCAAAUCCUCAUUUGUUGCACACUGCAGAGGCCACACUGAAGAAAGUUUCCGUGUGUGUGGUGAAAGUGGAAAAUUUUUUAGUGUAACCUCAACCUUCCAUCAGCAUCAAAAAAUUCAAACAGGAGCAAGGCAUUACAAGUGCAGCAAAUGUGGAAAAUCCUUAAGCCACAAAUUUUUCCUCAUACCUUCCUCAGGACCACACAAUGGAGAAAACAGUUUUGUGUGCAGUGAAUGUGCACAACCUUUUAGUCAUAGUUCAGUGUUGACUCCUUAUCAGAGAGUUCACACUGGAGAAAAGCCUUAUAAGUGUAAUGAUUGUUCUAAAUCUUUUGUUUCUGUUGCUGCUCUCAGUUAUCAUCAGAGCUCUCACACAGGAAAAAGGCCUUAUGGGUGCCAUGAAUGUGGGAAAUCUUUUACAUCUAUGUACACCCUGAAUAAUCAUCAGAGAGUUCAUACAGGAGAAAGAGCUUAUAAGUGCAAUGAAUGUGGGAAAUGUUUUAUGUCUACUUCAAGCCUCCGUUAUCAUCACAGAGUGCAUACUGGAGAAAGACCAUAUGAAUGUAGCGAAUGUGGAAAAACCUUUAAGGAUAAGUCACAAUUUACUAAACACCAGAGAGUUCAUAGUGGAGAAAGGCGUUAUGAGUGCAAUGAAUGUGGAAAGUCUUUCACCAGUAGCAGUAGCCUUUCUUACCAUCAUAGAGUUCAUACAGGAACAAAGCCUUACAAAUGCAGUCAGUGUGAAAAAUCUUUUGCUUCUGCUUCCACCCUCCGCUAUCAUCAGAGAAUUCACACAGGAGAAAGGCCUUAUGAAUGUGGCGAAUGUGGGAAAUCUUUUAUCUGUCGUUCAAAACUUCGUUAUCAUCAACGAAUUCACACUGGAGAAAGGCCUUAUGAAUGUACAGAAUGUGGGAAGUCUUAUGCCCAUAGAAAUAACCUUCUUACACACCUGAUAGUUCACUCAGGGAAUAGUCCUUAUGAGUGCGGUGAGUGUGGAAAACAUUUUUCCUUUAAGUCUACCCUUCAUUACCAUCAUAGAAUUCACACUGGAGAAAAGCUGUAUGUGUGCAGUUUAUGUGGCAAAUCUUUUACUUCUAGCUCCACCCUUCGAUGUCAUGAGCGACGGCACCUGGGACGAAGAACUCAUAAAUGCCAUGAAUGUGGGAAGUCUUUUACAUCUAGUUCCACCCUGAAUUACCAUCAGAGAAUUCAUACAGGAGAAAGACCUUACAAGUGCGAUGAGUGUGGGAAAUCUUUUACCUUUAGCUCAAGCCUCCGUUAUCAUCACAGAAUGCAUACUGGAGAAAGACCAUAUAAAUGCAGUGAAUGUGGAAAAACUUUUAAAGAUAGUUCUCAAUUUGUUAAACACCAGAGAGGUCACACUGGACAGAGGCCUUAUGAGUGUAGUGAAUGUGGGAAAUCCUUUCAUAUCAAAUAUUCUCUUUCAGUGCAUCAGAAAAUUCAUAAUAGAGAAAAGUCUUACAAGUGUAGUGAAUGUGGUAAAUCUUUUACCUCUGCCCCUGGCCUUCGUUAUCAUCAGAGGCUUCACAGGGGUGAAAAGCCAUAUCAGUGCAUUGAAUGUGGAAAAUCUUUUACUAGUAAGUCAUCACUUGUUAGACACCAGAGAGUUCACACUGGAGAAAGGCCUUAUGAGUGCAGUGAAUGUGGAAAAUCUUUUAGUUGUCGCUACUCCCUUCAAUGUCACGAGCGAGUGCACCGCGGAGAAAGGCCUUAUGAGUGUGGUGAAUGUGGAAAAUCUUUUAUCAGUAGUUCUAACCUUCGUUAUCAUCAGCGAGUUCACACAGGAGAAAGGCCUUAUGAGUGCAGUGAAUGUGGAAAGUCAUUUAGGGCUAGUUCCCAAUUCAGCAAACACCAGAAAGUUCACACUGAAGAAAGACCUUAUGAGUGCAGUGAAUGUGGGAAAUUUUUUAAGCAAGAAUAUACCCUCUCUCAACAUCAGAGAAUUCACACUAGAGAAAAGCCUUGAAUGUGUUGUGAAUGUACAAUUUUCUGUUCAGUGUAACAAACAGCCUUGGAGGAAACUCUGAGGAGCCAUCUGUCUCAAUUUAAGCUGUUACAUUUGAAUUGGCCCAAUGAGAAGAUUCCUUGUAAAUUGGAAAUGUAAUUUCUUACUUGCUUGGGACUCUUUAGGUUUAGGAUUACGGUGCAGAUUGUGUGGCUGUAGCCUUUUCCACUUUACCACGGGCAGGUUUAGGAAAUAGCAACGGUUCACACCCUAAUGUGCUGAGGGAAACUGACCUCUUGUUCUCACAUAUAUUGUAGUAGGAAUAAUGUGAGCACUUAGGUGUCAGCUUUCCCUUUAUGACUAAUUUGGAGUCCCGGGGAUUUGUUGGCCUCACGUGAUACUUCUGAUGACUUUUUCCAGCUAGCAGUUCAUAAACCUAGGAAGUGCCUGCUGCACAUUGCUUUCGCUUGUACAAUAUUUCAGGCCUUACUCUUAAUUUCACACUAAUCUUUAUUUUUGCAAUUAAAAAGAAAAAGAUUUUAUUUAUUUCUAGUGAGAAGGAAGGAGGGAGAAAUAGAGGGAGAAAAACAUAGAUCAUAGAUCAUAGUUGCCUUUCUCACGCCCCCAACUUGGGACCUGACCUGCAACUCAGGCAUGUGCCCUGAUCAGGAACUGUAGCAGCAACCUCCUGGGUCAUGGACCCGUGCUCAGUCUACUGAGCCACACCAGCCAGGGCUAUUUUUAACGUUUAUUUACUGAUAUUUAGAGAAAGGAGGAGAGAAUUACUGAUUUGUUUUUUCUCAUUUAUGCAUUCAUUUGUUGAUUAUUUAUGUACCCAGACAAGGGUUUGAACCCACAACCUUGGCAUAUUGGGGUGAUCUAACCAACUGAGCUACCCAGCCAAGCGCUCUCCUUUAAAAUUGGUUGUCCUUUUUACUGUACAGGGUAGUUUAUAAACCAGUUUGGGUUCUACAAGCGUAAAGAGGUGAACAUUUCUAGGGCCUCAAGUAUUCUGUCCUUGUGGACAGACUGUGUGAUGGUGGAAAAUUACUGGCCAGUUUUGACCAAAUUUUUGUCUCUCCCCCAAAGUUUCCUAGAAGUAAUGAAGGGCUUUCUGGUUCUCAUUUGGAUAUUGUGUUUGAGGAGUCUCAGAGAUUGCCCUGAGGAGGCAGCAGAUACGAGACCCUCAGAUAGUUACCAGAGUGGCAUGAUUUUUCCUUUACCUGGAGCUUAUGGCACAAAUUGUAUCAGAACUGUCAGUGAAUCAUCUUCUUUUGGUAUACAGGAAAUGAAAUGCCCUGCUGUCCAUAUUUCAUUGGACUAGGGUUACUGAUUGAGAGACUGGGUUCAGGGAAAACCAUAGUUGGUCCACGAACAGUGGCCUAUUAUGGAUUGGAGGAACUCCAGCCAGCUAGAUGAACAUGCCUUCAGAAUUUUUUCUGCGACCUUGACUGCUUGAUCAGUCUAGACAUAUCUGAGGACUCCCAGGCCUGGUUAUUUUGUGUAGCUGAAUUUGGUCAUUUAAAAAAGAAUAAUUGAGUUCUGGCAGGUGUGGAUCAGUGUGCAUUGAGUGCUGGCCUGGGAACCAAAUGAUCACAGGUUUGAUUGCCAGGCAGGGCACAUGCCUGGUUUGCAGUCCAGGCCCCCAGUUGAGGUGUGCAAGAAUCUGAUGUUUUUUUCUGUUUCUUCCUCUGCUCCGCUCUCGGAAUAAAUAAAUUGGGUGGGAAAUGGGGAUGGGUGGGGUGAGGGAAAGUGGUAGUGGGUAUUGGAGGUAAUUGUAUCUGGACAACUAUAAAAAUGAUUAAAAAUAAAAAUAAAAUCUUUAAAGAAGAGUCAAGUUGGGCUGUUGUAUCCAUGGGUUUCACAUUCUUACACUAAACAUGAGUGGAAAAUAUUAAAAUAACUCAAAUUUUUGCCCAUGUGUACUAUGUAGUUUAGCUGUAUAUUGGUUGUAUGGUUGUGUUUGCUGAACAUGAACAGUUUUUUCGAUAUUCUCUAAAACUACAAAAAAGUAUGUAAAAUUGAUAUCGCAUUGUGUAUUAUAAUCUAGAAAUUUGUUAGCGCCUACAGGAAAUAUGUAGCUAUACACAAAUCUGAUGCCAUUAUAUAUAAGUGACUUGAGCAUCCAGACUUUGGUAUUUUCAGUGUCAUGGAACCUAUCCCUUGUAGAUAGUGUCUGUCUUAGAUUAUAAGUUAAGAAAUAUUACAUGGGUAGCCCUGACUGAUUUGGCUCAGUUGGCUGUGUGCCAUGGAAAGUGAAAGUUUGCCUGUUUCAUUCCUGGCCAUGGUACAUGCCAGAGUUCUGGGUUUCGUCCUGGGAAGCAUGAGGUAACUGAUCCAUGUUUCUCUCAUAUCAGUAUUUCUUCCCUUCACCUUCUUCCUCUUCCCCCCUUUAAAUAAAUACACUUUUUAUGAAGAAAUGUAUGGGUAAAUUUGUCCCUAAAUAUGCAGGACAUAAUUAUUGACUAUAGGAAAGAGAGAAGGGUUGUUUUGUUGUUUGUUUGUUUUGUUUUAAUUUGGGGGGGGACUAGAAGUAGAACUUGUCAACAUGAGGAACAUCUGAAGCUGUAGAGAAUUGUUAUAAGAGCUUAUGUGAGCCAAAAUGAUGACAUGCCUGGGAGAAAAAUCUCUAGUGCUUUUGAGAAUAAGUUUUGUACUUUUAUGCAGUUGAAAUUGAGGGUACAGAGGAAAACUGCAUGGAGUUGGGCAAAAGCAAAGUGUGAAGUGGAUUACAGGAUAGUUAACAAAAAUGUACACUCUCUUGAGGGUUCGUGCUGCUAUUGAGUGCUAUUACCAGCACUUUUUGGUAUUCUGAAGGAGUAUUAACC